GGGUUGAGAUAAACCCAGGGAGGAGGAGGAGGAGAGACCCGCGUCUCACUUCCAGCUGAACCUCAUCAGGCUCGGUCGGACGGAAGCAGCAUGAGUCUCUAACAGCUCCGGUUCCGUCCGCCACUCGGUACUUUGGCUCCGGAUCAACAGGUCUGUACUGGUCUCCGGCUGCUGAUGGCUCUGUGAUGGAGAUCGCCUUGGUGAGUUUUGAGAACGGCGGUGCCAAAGGGAGCGGCGGCGGCGGCGGCGGAGAUGAGAGCCACCGGAACGCGUUGGACGUCCCUCAGUCCAGCUUCGGACCGAGAGAGGAGUUCGCUAAGGAGCUGAACACGGUCCGGGGGCGUCCCCAGCAGCAGCGGAGUCCGUGGAGGAUCAACGACAUGAACAACACAUUCAGCUGCAGCGAGAACGCCAUGGACGCGCUUUUACGCGCGGACCACAGUCCGCACCUGUUCGACGAGGACAUGCUGGACAUGGACAUGGACACGGACAUCAACGAGCGGGUCCUCAUCAACAUAGCCGGGUUGAGGUACGAGACCCAACUGGGCACCCUGAACCAGUUCCCGGACACGCUGCUGGGGGACCCGGCCAAGAGGAUCAAGUACUUCGACCCGCUCCGGAACGAGUACUUCUUCGACCGGAACAGACCCAGUUUUGACGGGAUCUUGUACUUCUACCAGUCCGGAGGGAAGAUCCGCAGGCCGGUCAACGUGUCCAUCGACGUUUUCGCGGAUGAGAUCCGGUUUUAUCAGCUGGGGGAGGAGGCCAUGGAGCGGUUCCGGGAGGACGAGGGUUUCAUCAAGGAGGAGGAGAAGCCGCUGCCCCAGAACGAGUUCCAGAAGCAGGUCUGGCUCAUAUUCGAGUACCCGGAGAGCUCCAGCCCGGCUCGAGGCAUCGCCAUCGUGUCCGUCAUAGUCAUCACCAUCUCCAUCAUCACCUUCUGCUUGGAGACCCUACCGGAGUUCCGGGACGAGCGCGAGCUGCCGGUGAGCAGCCGGCUGGACAACAGCACCGCGCCGCGCCCGUCCCUCACCUUCACGGACCCGUUCUUCAUCAUCGAGACCACCUGCGUCAUCUGGUUCACCUUCGAGCUGUUCGUGCGCUUCUUCGCGUGUCCCAGCAAGUCCGAGUUCUCCAAAACCAUCAUGAACAUCAUCGACAUCAUGGCCAUCAUGCCCUACUUCAUCACGGUGGGCACCGAGCUGGCGGAGCAGGGCCAGGAGCACCAGAACGGACAGCAGGCCAUGUCUCUGGCCAUCCUCAGGGUCAUCCGCCUGGUCCGGGUCUUCAGGAUCUUCAAGCUGUCCAGACACUCCAAGGGGCUGCAGAUCCUGGGCCAGACUCUGAAGGCCAGCAUGAGGGAGCUGGGCCUCCUGAUCUUCUUCCUCUUCAUCGGAGUCAUCCUCUUCUCCAGCGCCGUCUACUUCGCGGAGGCCGACGAACCGGAGUCCCACUUCUCCAGCAUCCCGGACGCGUUCUGGUGGGCAGUUGUCACCAUGACAACGGUGGGAUACGGGGACAUGAGGCCAGUGACUGUCGGGGGUAAAAUCGUGGGCUCUCUGUGCGCCAUCGCGGGGGUUCUGACCAUCGCGCUCCCGGUUCCGGUCAUCGUGUCCAACUUUAACUACUUCUACCACCGGGAGACGGACCAGGACCAGUCCUCUCUCAAAGACGAGCCCAACAGCAGCCGGGGGAGUCCCGAGGUGAUGCGCAAAGGGAGCCGCGCGACCCAGGACGGGGAGAACCCGGAGAGCGGUUCGGCGGACAAGUCCAACAUCAAAGCCAACAGCAGCAUGGACUUCAAGAAGUCCCUGUACGCGUUCUGCCUUGACACCCGGGAGACGGACCUGUAGCCGGCCGGCCCGGUCCAUUCUCACAGCCACCAAACUGACCCGUUCCGGAGUAGAGCCGCCCUUUAAUACAACCGAACCGGGACUGCGGCGUCCUGGUGGGUUCCUCCUCGUCUACUCGUGAAGUCUACACCUAAUAUGAUCUGACCGAACUUAACGGUUCUGACUCGGUGUUUCUGGUCGUUCUGAAGAAAGAAGCUCUGUGGUUCUGUGACUGCCAUGACCUCACUCUUGGGUCUGAGCCCUGACGGAACCAGGACUGCAGGAUGAGCAGACAGAACAUCUGGACCGAGCAGCAGCAACAGCAGGUUCUCGUGCCACCUUCGUUCUCCAGCCAUAACUAACUGGAACUGACGUCUAGUCCACGUCUCACACUAGCUCCACCACACCGACCUGCUCUCCACCGCUCACCGGUCCCUGGAACCUGGAUCCCUCCUCUUGUGACCUUCCUGUGUCUGCUCCUCCCCCUCUCCAGCCUGUCCUCCACCUCAGACCUGACCUCUCCUCUCCAGCCUGUCUUCCACCUCAGACCUGACCUCUCCUCUCCAGCCUGUCCUCCACCUCAGACCUGACCUCUCCUCUCCAGCCUGUCCUCCACCUCAGACCUGACCUCUCCUCUCCAGCCUGUCUUCCACCUCAGACCUGACCUCUCCUCUCCAGCCUGUCCUCCACCUCAGACCUGACCUCUCCUCUCCAGCCUGUCCUCCACCUCAGACCUGACCUCUCCUCUCCAGCCUGUCCUCCACCUCAGACCUGACCUCUCCUCUCCAGCCUGUCCUCCACCUCAGACCUGACCUCUCCUCUCCAGCCUGUCCUCCACUUCGUGAACCAGAAGCUUCCAGCUCCUGCUCAUCCAUCCCGUAUUCCUUGCGGUCUGGUCUCUGUGGUCAGACUCCGUCUUGAGCGCGACACCCAGCCACAACAGCUGGCCUCACUUUGACGGUCCAACCUUAGUUCUUGCUAAACAAACAUUGUUUAUUUUUGACUUUGGUCUUCUGCAGCUCAGAAAGCCCAACCCACAGCAGGCCUGAGGUCAGCUCAGCGUUUCUCUGAGACUGGGCUGAUUUUAUUACCUGUUUCUAUUUAAACAUUCAUUUAAAAGCCUCUAAGAUGUGGAACGCUGAAAACCCAGCUUCUCAGCCUCGGUGAAGCUAGCUGGACAUGCACUCGUGGUUCACUAGGGUUAGAGUUCACUACAGCGGAGGGUUUUUGUGCCAUGGAGAAGGUCUAAAGCUUCCAGUUUAUUUCAUUCAAUUCUUCAGAAUCAGUUCUCAGUUGUGUCACUGAACUAGACCAAUGAGACGCCAGAUUUUAACUUUGCCCCCCACCCGCCUUUUGUUGCUCUGUGUUGGGCGUCUGGUGCCACCCUGGAGGGGGGUAUGUCCUGCUUGUUUCCCGGUAACCGCGGUAACAUCUGUUUAGGCUCACCUGGGUGCCUGAACCGUCCACCACCCCACCAUGACACAACUUCAUCGGUGCUGCUCCUCGUGCCGGGGCAGUGUUUCUGAGACAAAGACAAGAACUGGACAGCAAGGACUGCUGACUGAAGCAACAAGAGCUACUUAAGAUGAGGUCACUGCUGCUUCUGCAGGGUCUGACCGAGGUCGUUUCACCCUGAGACGGUUUCAGUUGUCGGCAAAAAGCUGCACGCCUGACAUGAGGAAAGAGCAAACAAGUGGCACUCCAACAUGAAAGGGACACGAGACAACCUGAAGACCGCAGUAGUACAGGAGGCUUGCAUGAGGUUAUGGUGAAGCCCCUGAGCAGCGGGAGACCUUCGUGAUCUUCAGGACGACGAGUAUGGAAGCAAGGGGGCAGAGCUCCUGGCCCUGUCUGGAUGCUGAAGAAAAGGCUAAACAGCGUUUGCACCUUCCUCACGUGAACGUUGUAGUGGAAAGGAGGACAUUUUUGUAGUUCUCUUCAGAAGCCCAGCCACUCAGAGUAACUAGCUUCUGAAAGCAGGACACGAGUCGUCUUACAUCUAUCUACCUUUGAUCAUGUGGUUAUCUGCAUGAGAUUGCUGCAGCUCAUUAAUCCCACUUCCUGUUGAACUGAUG